AUGCUAAAGCUCCAAACUUUCCUCCAAAUCCUGUCCCUCUCUCUCUUUCUCCUCCUACCCAGUUCCCCAUUCUGCAAUGGGUUCCCAGAUUCGGUAGUUGGCAGCGGCUUCUAUGAAGAAGAGGCGGAAAUGGAGUCGGAGAUCAGCAGGAGGGUGAUGCUAAUGCAGAGGAAGUACAUUAGCUACGCGACGUUGAAGAGGGACAUGGUCCCUUGCGACAAUCCAGGUGCCUCCUACUACGAUUGUCACCCUCGCGCCGCCAACACCUACAACCGGGGUUGUGAAGUCAUUACCAGGUGUAGAGGAAUCAACGACGUUUCUGAUUGA